ACCAAUAUGUCGAUGAUGACUACAGCUCAAUCCGAUAUUGCGGCUGAUUUGGAUGCUUUUGCGGAAGCAUCCUGGUUUACUUCGGCAUAUAUGAUUGCUAUGUCUAGUAUUACACCCCUUGCCGGACGACUUUCCCAAAUAUUUACUCCGCGUCUCUAUGUGGUCUUCUCAACUACACUGCUUGCGAUUGGGCUUUUCAUCAGUGCUGCAGCGCCGAGUUUAGCUGUGUUUCUUCUUGGGAGAGCCGUGGCAGGCUGCGGCAGCGGCGGAUUGAUGAGCACAUCCAUUAUCCUGGUUCUAGAUAUGGUCAGCAAAAAGCGACGUGGGCUAUGUAUUGGCUUGAUCAAUUGCGGAUAUACCACAGGCGUCGCGUCAGGCGCAGUCUUUGCUGGGCUUCUGGUUCCCACAUUGGGAUGGCGAGUGAUAUUCUGGGUUCAGGCUCCCAUUGCUUUGGUCUUAGGACCAUUGCUAUUCUUUGCAAUCCCCAAGCCUUCGGGCGACGAUGCAAAUUCAUUGAGGAUGGAACAGUUGCUUCCUAAUCUAGCUCGGGUGGACUACGUAGGCGCCAUGACGCUGACAAUCUCGGUCGUCCUCCUCCUGACCAGUCUUGCAUCCCCGCAAAUCAUUCUCUGGCCCAUCUUGGUUUCUCUUCCAUUCUUUGUGCUGUUUGUGGUGGCCGAGUCCCGAUGGGCUGCUGAGCCCAUAAUCCCAGUCAAAGUCCUGAGAGCUCGCGGUGUAAUGUUGACAUGUCUUGCAGGGCUCGGGCUCAUGAUGGCCCGAUGGUCCAUCCUGUUCUUCACGCCCGUGUAUGCCAUGGCAGUUCGAGGAUGGUCCCCAGCUUCUGCCGGGCUGUUCCUGGUUCCUACCAACGCUGGUUUUGGCCUGGGUGGUCUGCUUGUCGGUUGGUUACACAUCCGCCAAGUUGGAAGCUACUAUAUCUCCUCUCUUAUUAUCUUUGUUGGUUUCGCUCUUGCUUCGUUGAUACUGUCUUUUCUGUCAACGCCAGACUCUCCGGUGGCCUUGUACUUUACUGUGACAUUCCUGAACGGGCUCUUUGCCGGUGCAUUGAUGAAUUACACGCUAUCUCAUGUGCUGCAUCUCACCAAUCCAGCAGUGCAUUAUAUUGUCACUGCUCUAUUAGCCAUGUCUCGCGGGUUUGCAGGAAGUUUCGGAUCUGCAGUGGGAGGAGGUUACUUUGCUCGAAUCCUCAAACACUCACUUGAGGCUGGUUUUGUCUCACAUGGCCUGCCACCGCAACCCGAGCUUGUGCGAGAAUUGCUCGGUAGCCCAGCCACAGUCAUGCGCCUCACCGGCAAGGAACGUCUGAUCGCUAUUGAGAGCUAUGAGCAUGCUGUGCAGAUGCUGUUUCUGGCGGGAAGUGUUUUGGCGUUGGUUUCGGCUGUUGUCCAAGCUGGGGUUGGCUGGACACCAGAGAGUGAAAAGGGAAGUUUGGACUCAGUGUCCCAAGAUUGA